AUGGCACCAAUGGAGCGUAAGGCGGUGGUCAAGAAUGCUGAUAUGGAGGAUUCCAUGCAGCAGGAUGCCGUGGAGACGGCGGCAAACGCAAUGGACAAACUGAACAUAGAGAAGGACAUCGCUGCGCACGUGAAGAAGGAAUUCGAUAGGAAGUAUGAGCCAACUUGGCACUGCAUAGUUGGCCGAAACUUUGGCAGGUGA